UGAAAGUAAAUUGUAGAUCGUUGCAGAAGAAGAGGAAAUGGACUCAAAAUCUGUGGAAGAGCUUUCUUGUCCCGUGUGCUGUGAAAUCUUCAAGGAUCCUGUUCUUCUGUCCUGUAGUCACAGUUUUUGUAAAGAGUGUCUUCAACAGUUCUGGAAGACCAAGAAAACUCAGGAGUGUCCCGUCUGCAGAAGAAGAUCCUCAAGAGCAGAUCCUCCACGUAAUCUAGUGUUAAAAAACUUGUGUGAUUCACUGAUAAAGGAGAGAAAUGAGAGGCGUUCAUCAGGAUCUGAGGAGAUCUGCAGUUUACACAGUGAGAAACUCAAACUCUUCUGUCUGGAGGACAAACAGCCGGUGUGUUUAGUGUGCAGAGACUCAGAGAAACAUGUCAAUCACACAUUCAGACCCAUCAGAGAAGUGCUUUCACCUCACAAGGAGGAGCUGAAUACAGCACUGACAUCUUUACAAAACAAGUUCAAACAUGCAGAAGAAAUGAAAGCAGAGUGUGAUAAAACAGUGAAACACAUCAAGUCUCAAGCUGAGCACACAGAGCGUCAGAUUAAAGAGGAGUUUGAGAAGCUUCAUCAGUUUCUCAGAGAUGAAGAAGAAGCUACAAUCACUGCACUGAGAGAGGAAGAGGAGCAGAAGCAGCAGAUGAUGAAGGAGAAGCUGGAGGAGAUGAACAGACACAUCUCAGCUCUUUCACACACAAUCAAAGACACGGAGGAGAUGAUGAAAGCCAGCGACGUCUGCUUUCUGAAGGACUUUAGCAUCACGAUGGAAAGAGUCCAGAUCUCACAGCCGGAUCCACAGAUGAGUUCUGGAGCUUUGAUUCAUGUCCCACAUUACUUGAGUAACCUGCGGUUCAGAGUCUGGAAGAAGAUGCAGGACACUCUCAAACACACUCCGUUGACUCUAGAUCCAAACACAGCAGCUCGUUGCCUCACACUCUCUGCUGAUCUGACCAGUGUGUCGCUCAGUGAUGUACGUCAAAAUCUUCCUGGUAAUCCAGAGAGGUUUGACAAGUAUCCAUGUGUUCUGGGUUCUGAGGGCUUUAACUCAGGAGCACACUGCUGGGAUGUGGAGGUUGGAGAUAAUACAUACUGGAAUGUUGGAAUAACCACAGCAUCAAACCAAAGGAAGGGAGAGGUUUUCUUUAAGUCUAAUGUCUGGCGUGUGCGGUACAAGGACAGCAAAUACAGCUCACUGUCUCCAGAUCAACCCUUGACUCUCUUCACAGUUAAAGAGAAGCUGCAGCGUGUGAGAUUUCAGCUGGACUGUGACGGAGGAAAGGUGUCCUUCUCUGAUCCUCUAACUAACAUCUAUCUGUGUUCAUUCACAACAACCUUCACUGAGACUGUCGUUCCAUUCUUAUAUAAUCACUGCACAGCUUCCUCUCAGGAUCUUACCAGUUAAACUUAAUGUAACAACAGAAAAUCACAGUUAAAUCUCAUUCUCACUCUUUUAGAUCAGUUAAGGUACAAAAAUUUGUUGUUUUCAUUGUUUUGCAUUUUAUGGUUCAAUAACAACACUGUAAUCAAAGGAAAGGGUCUCAUUCAUCUAUAAAAAAUCUACUCAAACCGUUGUUCAAGCUACUCUAAAACAUUUCUCACAUUUCUUAUGGAUUUCUGUAUUAGGGUAACUAAUAGAUAUUAAACAAUACAUAUCUGAAUAUAUAUGAAAUUAUAUAUUUAAAGUUUUUAAGGUAAAAAAACAAAAAAACAAACA